CAUGCCAUGUCGCGUGGCCAGCUUCUGACGCCCUGAGCCUCCGUUAACAAGAUAAUUGGAUUGUAUAGAAGCUGGGUCCAUCCGUUUCCAGAGAGAAAGUGACUUUUGCUUCGGCCUGCUUGGUUAAGCUAAGGAUGCUCGAUGCCCACUCGAGGUGGGCACAAUCUGGUUAAUCUCUGUGACUCAGCCAGGAGCAGGAGGAAGGCUUUCGGCUCUUUGAACGAGCAGCUUUGCCUCUCCAUGGAAAAGGGGAGGCUUCAUUUCCGACGGUGACUCAGACGGAGCCAGCACUCCGGCGUGGCGCUUGCCAGUCGGCUCUCCUGCCUACCAGCCCUUAACUGCUCUUGCAAAAGGUGAGUCCUUACUCACCUCUACCCUGUGGCGGAUUGGUGUAACCUGGCCCCCUUCUGUGGGUACCGAUGGGGGGAAAGAUCUUUGAUUCCUCGCCAUCUGGUGCCAUCGAAGACGGCUUGCAUCUCCUGUGAUCCAGCAGCAGCCCCGUCUGGUUUUGCCACAGCCGGCACCUGCAGCCGUCAACCCGCCGGUUAGAGGCGGAAGGAUGCGUUAAGAGUCACCCAGCACCCAAAGACAGAUCCAAUGCCCACAACGGACGAGCCUUUGUGCGGUUGCCACCGGGGCCCCAACGUGGAGCGAGGGAAGUGGUAUGGCGUCCGUUCCUAUCUGCAUCUUUUCUAUGAGGACUGCACUGGAGCCAGUCUGGAUGAUGACCUCGAGGAGUCCCCGCCCGGUCCGGCCACUCCUGGAUGGACCUCCGUCCUUUGGAAGGUCAGUUUCUCGGCGGGGAGCCUGCUGUUACUUGUUGGAGCAGCCGCCCUGGCCACAGGAUCCCUCCUGCCCCACAAACUGGAAAGGAUCGGAGAAGCCGAGUUCCUGGUCCUCGAUCAAGAGGCGGCGGAGUACAACCACGCCCUGGGGGUUUGCCGCGCCGUGGGCCUGGCGCUGUGUGCCCUCGGGGCCGCUCUCUUGGUCACCUGCCUUCUCUCCUCUGGGCUGAGCAAAAUGAGCCCGUGGGUCCAGAGGGGUGAGGAAGAGGCUGGCAAGGAGGACCAGAUUUCUCCCAUCCUGGCGCGAGAGGCGUCCUCCAGGCGAUGGGGCACCCUCCUUGAGGGGCCACCGGUGCCCUUCCGAGCAUCCUGGGCGCAACGGAUCCAGCCGAGCAGAGACCCUUAAUGCCAGGCACCCAGAGGGAACCCUUCGAGAACAACCCGGACCCCUUUUCUUUUCCUUUUGGGUCAUGGCGUGAAAGCAGAGCUGUGAUAAAAUUUACUUUUUUUGGAACCCCAAGAGGGGAACUGAUUAGGCUGGCUGGGCGGGGGGGGGAGCUUCAGGGAGCUGGAGUCUGAAAAAGCGACUUCCCCCAAAGUUCUGGUGUCCAUCCGGAACAGCUAUCUUUCAAGCAAUCAUCUCCUAGUGGAGCAGCCAGGAUGGUGGGAUCCUGAUGAAUGAAUGAAGAAGAAAAGAGUCUCCCACUUCACCAGCCUGUGCGUUUGGGUGGAUCUCGGGAAAGGCUCAGCUGGACAACUGGAAACUCACCUUCUCAUCAGAGGGAUCAGAGUCUUUUUCCUAGCUAUCCCCUUUGCUAGUGUAGGGCCCUGCAUGGUGGCUUUAUCUGAAGGUUGCUGGUAGCCUGUGUUGGAAAAGGGAGGUUCUCUUCUGAUCUUUCCUGGAUAAGACUCCCACAGUCACCUG